CCCGCUGAUGCAAUAGUAACUAACCUCUAUCCACAUUUUGAACUCUACAUCACCGACUCUUCUCCUGCAAACACCAAUUGAUCCAUUACCAACCGACUCAUCAAAUCAAUAUAGACAAAAUGCCUGUCCUCAAACCCGGCGAUAGCUUCCCUCCCGACGUCGUCUUCUCCCACAUUCCUUACACCGAGGAGAAAGGCGAGAUUACCGCAUGCGGAAUCCCAGUUUCCUAUAACGCCUCCAAAGAGUGGGCAGACAAGAAAGUCGUUCUAUUCUCUGUUCCAGGCGCUUUCACGCCUACUUGUUCCGUGAGCCAUUUGCCGGGUUACAUCCAGAAUCUGCCGCAAUUCAAGGCCAAGGGGGUGGACAUCGUAGCCGUGGUGGCGUUCAACGAUGCUUUUGUGAUGAGUGCCUGGGGCAAGGCGAACAGGGUCAAUGACGAUUCCAUUCUCUUCCUGUCGGACCCCGACGCCAAGUUCUCCAAGACUAUCGACUGGGCCGACGACGCGUCGGGCCGUACCAAGCGUUAUGCUCUCGUGAUCGACCACGGAAAGGUCACGUACGCUGAUAUUGAGACUGAGAGGGGCUCGCUCCAGAAAUCCGGCGCGGAUACGGUUCUCGCUUCUUUGUAAUCAUGAUACAUCCCACUGUAAGAGGAUGGCGCUUGCCAGGAGCGUUAUAGAUAGAAUAGAGUCAUAUAUCAUAACUUGACACUGGAAGACAAUGAAGGAACUGAUUGAUUAUAUGAUACUAGAGAAAUCAUGUCUAGGUACAUUAGGCGUGCAUAUAUAGCUGUAUACGGCAACCGCUGGUCCGUGCACAAGCAGCAAGCUGUCCCUUCCGCAGUACGCAACUUAAGUUACAUAGUACAUACUC